AUGCACAGUGAUAACAAUUACAUGGGACAUCAACGUGAUUCUAGCCACGGCACGAAUCAAACAUACAAUAUGCAAACAUCUUUAGCACAGCAACAACAACAACAACAACAGCAGCAGCUAAAUCAAUUACCACCGUCGCAAGAACAUAAAUACAAGAGAAAUUACCGUGCUUGUCUCAAUUGCCGCGUGCGUAAAGUCAAAUGUGAUUUGGGUCCUGUUGACAAUCCUCAUGACGGUAAGUGUGCUCGAUGUUUACGUGAGCGGAAGGAUUGUGUCUUUGUGGAGAGCAAACGUGGUGGGGCUACUAAUGUGUUGAGUGGGAGACGUAAAAGACAAAAAUUAAAUCAUAUGGGAGAGUACGAGACAAGCCAGUCUCCUGAUGCUGCAUCGUCAUCUGUUUCUCGUGGGAAUAAUGAAUUGGAUUUCAACAAUGAGACAACUAAUUCAACAAAUCUUCAUGGAUCUUCACCACAGUCUUUACCGGGUAUCAAUAGUAUCUUGCGUGAAGGGAGUACCCACCACAGGAGCCCCAGCGCUUACGAAUCUGCUCAACAUGGUACAACAGCGACAUCCGCCUCAGGAGACGACGCGAGUGAAAAUAAAGGACAAAAGACAGGGCAGCAAAGUAACCAUUUUGCCACAAUGGAAGGCGCGUUAGUAUUCUUGGCUAGUGCUGCAGGAACAAUUGCCAAGGCUGACGAGAGAGAUAAUAUUGAUGCAAGGGCCAAAUACGAUCAAAUUGAAGCCAUGACUGGUCACAACAGUCAUAGAGCCAGUAUUGAUGAUAACAAUACCCUGCCACAAUUACACCCAGAAAACCCAAUUUCCCCUUAUAUGCAGACACAGAAUUCACAAUCACAAUUCUCAACAAGCCAUCGUGCCAGCAUCGAUAAUAGUGUCCAAAUCUCGCACUCAGUGAGCCGUCAUGACUCCUUGUCGACCCAGCAACCCAAUCAGCAACAAGAGUACCAACCCUCUUCGAGCCGUCACGAUUCAAUCGAUAACAACAAGGCCCAAAUCUACCCGUAUAUGAAUCCAACUAGGAAUAAGCGAAUGACAAUGCCAGCUGCUGAGAGUGGCUAUGCAGUACGCCCAAAAGCAUCCAAAAAACCAUCGAGCAUUGAGUACAUUGGUCCGGCUCCACAUGGUAUUCUCACUGAAGAUGAAGCGGAGCGUUUGAUCAACUUGUUUUUUUCAACCAUGCAUCCAUAUUUCCCGCAUAUUCCUAAAUUCCUCCACUCGCUGAAAGUGUUGUCGGGGUAUCCUAUACUCCUCUGCGCCAUUUUGACUAUUUCAUCGCGGUACCAUCCAUUUGAGAAUAAUGCCAGUAGCUUACAAAAUGGAAAUGUACCAAGAAAUAUCGAAGUUCAUGAUCGAUUGUGGCUUUAUGUGCAGCGAUUAAUUUCACAAACAGUUUGGGCUGAGGCAAGUACGCGAUCAAUUGGAACCAUCUUUGCAUUUUUACUUUUCACUGAGUGGAAUCCACGUGCUAUUCAUUGGAGAUGGUCGGAUUAUGCCAAUAAGGCAGAAGAAGGUGGUAUUGAAAGUGAGAGUGGAAUUGUGGGGAGUGGGUUGAAUACGCGAAGCGAUGGUAUUGGAACCGCCUUUGCCGGGGUUGCUGGUGCGAAGUCUUCCAGUGUUGAUGGGGCUGAUGGGAAUUCAGCUGUUGGUGGUCAAAAUCUUGCUGGUUUGGGUGCCAUGAGAAGAAGCCAUCGUAUGGCGUGGAUGUUGAUUGGAAGUGCGGUUCGUUUAGCCCAAGACAUGGGGUUUAUGGAAAUGAGCUCAAAGACGCUAAUUGCGACGCAUAUUGCUGAAAUCAACUCGGUGAUGGAUAUUUCUCGUCGUUCGAUGCUUGCACAUUCGUUAUCAGAGAUUGAUUUGGAUGAAGAUGAAAUCAGUGAAGAAGACACCGAAUAUGGUGAAGAUGUCGAUGAUGAUGUCAAUAUCAUGAAGAUGAGCGAGGAAGAACUUAAACGUGCUGCUAGCGAACAUACUUUUAAAUUCACCAAAGCGCAAAAGGCACAAAUUGAAUUACUUCAGAUCAUGUCAUUGGGCCAUGAAUCCUUUUAUGGAUACAAGGCUCAAUUGGGUCAAUUAUCACAACGUCAGAAUUUGGCAGUGUUGAAUAUAAUCAGUCCCUUGAUCAACAAUUGGAGUCGUAAAUACAAACAAUUUCUUGUUCCAACAAGUGGUAAAUUGGCCAAACAUGUAUCUAAUUUCCAACAUCAAUGGACCAAACCCAAAUCGAAGACAUGUCAAGAAAUCAAUGAAUCGAUCAAACAGGAAUCAUUUAUUUUCGAAUUUAAUUAUGUUAAACUUUAUAUAUACUCAUUGGCAUUGAGUCCAUCACCAAGGACAAUGAUGGGUAAGAAAAACCGCGUUUCAUUAAAAUUGGAUGAAUUAUCUCGAUCAGCGAGGUUUAUUGAACAAGCAUUUAAUGCCGCCAAUGAAAUGUUGAAUGCUGCUCAUCGUAUCCACAAAUUUAAAAUGUUGCGAUUUAUGCCUGUGCGGUGGUUAACGAGAUUAGUUCGUGCUGUAGCAUUUAUCGUUAAAUGUUACUUGACAAUAACGGCACAAAGGAAUCACAACAUUAGUAGUGGUAGUAGUACAGCUGCAGCAGCAGCUGCAUUUGCAACCACUAGGGAUACGUAUGAUCCGACGGUGUUGUCAUUCAGUUUGAUUAGUAUUGAUGAUAUUUCUUCACUGAUUCAUCGAGCUGCUUUGACAUUGAGGGAUUGUUCGCCCGAUGAAUUGCAUUUGUGUACGCGGUACUCCAAUAUUUUGAUGUACUUGUAUUCCGAAAUGAAGAAUAAAAAGAAUGAGCAAGAGCAGGACGAUAAUGAGCACAUGGGUGGUGGUAGUGGUGGGUAUCAUUAUAGUACCACUUUUCGUGGUCAUGAUCGAGAAGGACAACCAACUACCACGUCUAGCUACAAUGCUAAAUUGCACCUUUCUCAGGGUGUAGCAGUAGGAGCGGCAUCUUCUUCAUCAGUUGAACAAUUGACUCCACAACAUCAACCAUAUGAAGAGCUGGAUGCAUUUCCAUAUGGCCCGUAUUUCAAACAGCCAACAAAUGUGCCUACAUCUGCACCUAUUGCAGUUGGAGUAACUGGCAAACCAACCAGUCCAAUGUUACUAAACUCAGCAACAACACCAACAACAGCGUCGGCUAGGGCUACAGCUACAAGUGAAAUACCAUCCGACGCGCUUCCUCAAUCAGGAGCAACUCAUUCAUCAAGUUCCUCUUCAGAUACUGCUCAUUUAGACACCAACUCUGGUGGGGUGAGCUCUUCAGUAAGAGGAGAAGGGGGAGGAGAAAACGUUCGUGAAGAAGAAAAUGGCAACAGCCCAGGUGCAGCCCCAAACAGCAAUCACAAUAUUGGUAGCAACAACAACAGUAAUAGUAUUAUGGGCAUUGGUGAUUCAGAAGUUAUGGAUUGGUUUAUGAAUAAUCAAACUAUUGGAUUAGACUUUGUUGCACCUUGGACGGAAAUGAUUGAACAACAAUUGAAUUCCAAUGAUCAUAAUUUGUAUUUUUGA